UUAAAAAAAAAGAUAAAACUCUCAAAGAAGAUGGUAAUAUAUCUAGAGAAAACUAUACGUCUAAAAUUGAUAAAAGGUCAAAAGAUGAUAAAAAGUCCAAUGAUGUUAUAACGUCCACAGAUGUUAGAACGUUUAAAGAUAUUAAAACAGCUAAAGAAAAUACAUCUAUAGACGAUGAUCCUGCUAAAAAGAAACAAAAGCUGGAUACAAAUGGAAUAGAUGUUUUGAAAUUGGCAUUAUCUAGAGAGGGUGAGACUAAAGAAUGUAAAUCACAAUUAAAACCCAUUAAAGAAAUUGAUUCUACUGAGAAGGUACCCGUGGAAAUAGGUUGCGAAGUUUCUAUCAAAUCUGAAAAUUCUUCAACUAAAAAAGUAAAACCAAAUAUCUGGGUCAAGGAUAUUAAUAAAAUGAUGGAUGCAGAUCAAUGCACAAGAUGGCUGAAAAUGAUCAAUUUUGUUCAAAAACCCAAUCAUCAAAUAAAUAGCAUGAAAUUACUAGCAGAUGAUAAACUCUCUACAAUCCCUAAAGAAAAUGGAGUUAAACCCGCUUUAAAAGUCAAUAAAAUGAAUAGAGAGUAUUUAAUUAAAAUUGAAAAAUUAUAUAAAAAGUAUUUUUGCAAAUCCGUAAUUGAUACUAUUGUUAUAAUUGCAAAUAUUAUCAACAUAAUUGAAUUGUCUAACCAAUAUCACAAAGAACGAAUAAAUAAAUCUUUGAAUAAAAGAACUGAAGCUGAAAAACUUAAAGAAAGAUACGAUGCUAGUCGAUUAAAUGAAAGGCACAAAAGAAUUCUAGGAACGAAGUUUAAGAAAAAUUUUAAAGACGUUGUAUCAUCUUUUGAAGACUCGGAAUUUGAUUUAGCAUUUCAAAUGUUUUUUCUAAGUAUAUUAAGUGUACAUCAAGCUUUGAAACAGCCAAAAUUAAAAAAAGGUAGCAUCUUCAGAAAUUUGGUACUUUUACUAAAGGAUAAUUUGGACAACAGUGAAUAUCCACAAAUAUUUUCAUUGUUUAAUUCAAUGACAUUUCGACCGAACUGCAUCGAUUUAAUAACUAAAAUUGAAGAUAAUCGAGUUAUUGACCCCGAAGUCGUCAAUCGCAUGCCAUUGUUUUUUGAACCAUCAAACAAUAGUCUGGAAUAUUUUCAAGCAGUAAUUAAGGCUGCAACCACUGAUUCGAAAGAAGACCUGGAAAUAUUAAUCGAUAAUGCUACUUCUCAAUGUUUCAUUAAUUCAAUAUUUAAAGAUCCUGUCGAUUCAUCAACUGUAACAGAAACCAUUCAAAGCACUCUCAACUCAAAUAAAAUAAUUCAACAAUGGUUCCUAACCAAAAAUCCAGAUGGAACUUACCAAAAAAUGGCUGUGGUAAAUGUUGAUAAGUCCGAAACUAUUUGUAAAACUGAAGUAAAACCAUUGAGUGUAACGAACCAGUCGUCAAAUCAAUCAUUUUCUUCUCCACUACAAGAGAAAACUUAUGUAUCUUCUACUUCUAAAGAGAUACCAACAAAAAAAGGUUUUGUUGCUACGUCAACUAAUUCCCACGAUCCUUUGAUGCAAGUAACAGCACCUUUGUCAGAGACUACAACAUUAAUGCCAACAGCAACAACAUUAAUUGUGGUGCCACAACCACCAAUGCAGGAUGAAAAAUCUGUGGCAAACAGUCAUCUUCAUAGAGCAGAAGAUGGCACUAAUGUACUUGAUGUUCAACAGGAUCAAUUGGUUAAGGUGUCAACAGGUCAAAUGAAAGCAGAAGUCGAUGGCAAUAAUCCUCAAACAGAGCCCACCGUAUUGAAUAAUACAGCAGUUGUACUAAAGCCAAUAUCUUUUCUCAAGUGCCACGCGAGAAAUUGCAUUAAUGCCGCAAUAUUAUUAUGCAUUAAAUGUCAAGCAGUGCAAUAUUGUUCCAAUCAAUGCCAAGAACAUGACUUCUACGAUUGUCAUCGAAAUAUUUGUGAACAACUACAAAAUAUCAGAAGGGCUCCACAAUAAACUUUCCAUUUUAGGAUUUCCAUUAUUAUUCCUACAUAUUCAUAUUAUUUCAAUGUAAUAUAUUUAAUAUAUUAGUGAAUUUUUCGGGAAAAUAUUUUUCCUUAAAAAAAAA